CCAUCUGCGCCUCCCCGCGGUUCUCUGCCGGUGUCGGCCUCCUCGCCCUCUGAGCUCGUCCGUUCCCCAUCCUCCAUUCUCCUCGCCGUCUCCCACCAUCGCGUCCAGCUGUGGCCCUCGCAGGGCGCGCUCGCUGGCUCUCACCUGACAGGUCCCUGGCCUCAGGACGACAGCCAGCAACAACACGUUCCCUACAUGAGGGACAAAGCGACGCAGACCCCCAGGGCCUGGGCAGAUGAGAGGAGGAGGGGCUCUCACAAACGCUCGGCCUCCUGUGGGAGCACCGACCAACUCAAGGAGAUUGCCAAAUUGCGUCAGCAGCUUCAGCGCAGCAAGCGCAGCAGCCGCCAUCGGAGGGACAAGGACCGCAAAUCCCCAUUCAACGGCAGCCAUGCCAUCAUUCAGUCACAGUCCCCUAUGCCCAAGACCAUCCUCAUACCCAUCCCUAUAUCCAAAUCCUCGGCUCCUCGCUUCCGCAACAGCGUGGAGGGCCUGAACCAGGAAAUCGAGCGCAUCAUCAUCCGAGACACCCCGGAGAAGGACGAGACCAUUGUUCCGCAGGAUGUCCCCGAUGGCCACCGCGCGCCGCCACCGGUUCCCCCUCAGCGCAGCAGCAGCACCCGCAGCAUCGACACGCAGACUCCAUCGGGGGGUGGCCUUAGCGGCAACCACAGCAACUGCAGCAGCCGUCCGGACUCCAUCUCCCCCUCCUACCUCAGCGUCCUCAACGACACGGCUGGAGGCAGCCCAUACGAUGAGAAAGAGCUAAGUCCGUGCUCCCCACUGCCCAAGUACGCCGCCUCUCCCAGACCCAACAACAGUUACAUGUUCAAGAGAGAACCACCAGAGGGUUGUGAGAAGGUCAGAGUAUCUGAAGAGUCCAUGCCCAAACCUCUGGAGGAGAUCCCUCCCUUCCUGUGUCCCGACCGCAACAAGGUCAACUUCAUCCCCAACAGCGGUUCUGCUUUCUGCCUCGUCAGCAUCCUCAAGCCCCUGCUUCCCGCCCCGGACCUCAACUUUCGCCCGGGGUUGGGCCUCCGGAGCCUGUCCCCGUCCCUGGUGCCUCUGUCCACCCAGCCCUGUCUCCUGGAAGAGCCUGAGAGCUUCUGACUGCCCCGUUGGCCUCAAAGUCAACAACCCUUGUUCCCCUUCCUAUCAGCUGAAUCAGAAAACACUACGGAAUCAACCGUUUUGCUUCUAAAACAAACAAAAAAAAUGCCUUUAGCAUGCCAGCUGCGCUCUCUCUGAUGUCCUUCUUUUGUUAAAAAGCUCUUUCCACUGCCGCCUCCUCUGACCUGAGACUCCUGCUUUCCAGAGCAGGCGUUUGUAGCUCACAUUUCACCGCUUUCUUCUACCUUCAGCACUGGUUCUGUUCCUGUUCUUGUAGGAGGAAAAGGGGGGAAAACAGACAGACAUUUCUUUUGAUUUCAUCGUAUUAUACCAUGGCGCCUUUCCACAGACAUAUCUGUUUUUCUACCUACGGUUGUUUGUCUUGAUAUAAAUUAUGCCUUCCAUUAUGAAAAAAAAAAAGGCCGCUGGUUUUCUUGGAGACCGCCAGAUCGACCACAGAGGUUAACUUUGGUGCUGCCAGAUGAAUCGUAGCAUACCUUGAAGGGAUGUGAGAAGUUCAAAAAUGUGCCUGAUGUUUUAGACCGCAGUUUCCCUGAACCAUCCUAAUGCUGUGAGCGUUAUGAUGGUCACAGCAUGAUCAUUGCACUUCAUAGUGAUCAUUGCACUAUGAAGGCUGUAGAUACAAGGAGCAAAGAAGAAAAAGUACAAACAGUAUAUCCUUAAAAUACUUGCAGACCAAAUCCUGGGAUCUGUUUGCUACUUUUUUAUCAGCCAUUUGCAGGGUAUCUAUGGGAAACACAGGCCAGAGCUAUGAUGUUCGACGCAUGUUCAACCUGUGUCUGCUUGCCCCUCCCCACGCCCGACCUCCCUUCAGCGCCAACCUUUGCCCACCCUCGCCCAUCUUUUCUCCGUUUUGCAAGCUCCUCCUCUUCGAUGAGGUCCUCCUGUCUUGGUCGGCUUGUAUUGCUUUUGACUGCACCUACUUGCAGGGUUUUUCUCACGGAGAGGCUGGUCAAUCCAAGGUUCCACGCAUCCCGCAGACCAUCGGGGUAAUCUGGGUUGCAGAAAAUAAACAAUUUUAAACUAUUUGUAUAGCCAGCAAAGAAUCAAAUGAAACUGUGUACUGUUAAUGGUUCAAACAAACUACACGUAGUAAGGUUAGGGUUCUUUAUAUUUAGUCUCUUUAUCAUACUAAUUUCAGAUUGACUUAACAUAGAACUGGUGUGGCCCAUAUAAACAUAUAGAAUCCAUUGCUAUGCUAGAGAUGUACAAACAAAUUUGCUACAAGGUUGAUCGGUUGGGUUGAGUAACAUCAAACCUAAACUGCGUGAUAGUUGAAAGCUAUCUACUUUCAAUACUCCUGUGGUCUGUAGAAUUAUGUCUUAGAAGUAACAAACAGUGUAAGAUAUUUGAAAGGAGUACCUUUACCCUCAGUCGGGUAUUGAACUGGCUAGAAUUGGAAAUGUUGGUAGAUUUUUCAUCUAGGAGUUAAGGUAAAGAAUGACAUUAUAUAGCAAUUUCACAGAUUGAGCUGUUUCGGUAAUGCUAACCAUGCUAACUGAUGACAUAAGAUUCUAAAAAGGCUUAAAUAUCUCUACUACAUUGGAAUUUUCUGCUUCAAAAUGUUAUAAGUAAUGUUUUACUGCAACUGCUGUCUCAAACUUGUAAUCCUAAAUAGCUAAUGACCGUUACUGAUAAAUUUUAAGGGAAACAGAACCGGCUCCAGUCAAUGUCAGCAAAUCAAAGUCCUACAAGACCAAAGAUUGGAAAUCUGACAGCUGCAUUGUUAGUUUUUCUAAAGAACAAACAAAAAGAACAAAAGCUUACCUUUCAAGUCAUUAAGCGACGGAGUGUUCGGAAAUUGUGCAAAACUGAAAUCUUUCUUGUCGGCUUGCCAUAUUUUUGUAGGACUGUUUCCAAAUCGAACAUUUGUUUUUGAAAAGCGCUGCAGUUGCUUUGGGAAAGAAUUUAGCCUAGCACUGCUUCAGUCAUGAUCCUGAUAAACAGCAGAGUGUCUCCAGCCGUCUCAUUGUCUGCCAUUUUACAUUGAUGUCUGCAAUUAUGUUACGCUGUAUGAAAUUCACAAAUUCUACGUUUUAGAGAGACUAAAUAAUCCAGAAUAAUACACUAAAUGAACUAAAAUAAAGACUUCAUUCUUUAACGAAGAUAUAACAAAAGUUUCACUGAGAUAAACUGAAUCUGGUUAGAUGACUGUACUUUACACAUUGACAGCCUCUCCGGGUCAGAACCCACCCUCCUGUAUUUUUGUAGAUGUCACAAUUACUUAACGGUGCCUGCUACAGUGGGACAGGAAUGUACUGGACUUGUAAAUACAGAGGCACUGUGUUUGUAUUACUGGCUGACAGAGAUAUGUAAUCGGACGAGGCAACAAGUGUAACGUACGACUUCUCAGCUGAGUACUGUGAAUUACAACUUGACUCAUUAUUGUGAAUAAUAAUGUAUUUAUUUAUCAGACAGGAGACGAAUUGGGUCUUCGGAGAUUUCUAAACAAGAACCGACAUCUCAGGUCGUAGAGAGUAGGAUACAAAGAUAUAUGCUAACAUAAAUGGAGCAAAACAACAACUGCUUUCUAUGUAGCCUCACACGGUGGAAAUCCCGACUGACUUUAAUUUGUAGCAGAGUAGAUGUAGAAAAGUGUGGAUGUUAUUUGUUCAGCGACCCGACUUGGAGCAACGGCUAGUUACGACAAAAAAGGGAGAAAAAUAAAAAAUAAAAUUGGCCCGUUCCAAAAUCCACUUGCUGAAACACAAUCACAACGAUGGCGGCAUGUUCCGACUUGUCCCCUGGAAAUGCCACCAAAAAAGACAACAACAAAAAAAAAAAAAAGAGAGAGAAAAAAAGAUUAAACAUCUGAAACAUGGAUGCUUGUUUCAGUGUGGAAAGAAAAGCAUUUUGGAAUGAGGCUUCGUUUCUUUGUUUGCGUGUCCAGUUGAUAGGGAACCAAACUGCCAAGUUUUCAUCUUUUAAACCCCUUUGAGUGAAAUAAAAGGCAUAGUUACAAUAAA